AUGGAGAGCAUCAACCGCGCGCAAGAAGCGCCAAAAACCGGCACGACCAUCGUGGCGUGCGAAUACGCGGGUGGUAUCGUCAUCGGCGCGGACACGAGAGUCUCCACGGGAACGUACAUUUCCAACCGAGCGUCGGAUAAGAUGUGCAACUUGACCGAAAACGUCGUCAUGGCUCGAUCAGGCUCCGCCGCGGAUACCGAAGCCGUCGCCGGGUUCGUCCGGCACCACUGCGCGCAACGCGAGAUUGAAUUAGCACACGGGGAAACCAUGGAGGUGAAACAAGUCGCCAGGAUAUUGACCAAGAUCAACUACGAGAAUAAAAACGCGAACAACGGGACCGGGUUAGGGUGCUACGCGAUUGCCGCCGGGUGGGACGAGAAAUUUGGCGCGCAGGUGUAUUCGUGCACGGCUGGAGGGAACAUGAUCAAGACUUCGUGGACGACGGACGGAAGCGGCUCGACGUACAUCUGGGGGUUUUUAGACUCCGAGUUCAAGGAACGGAUGACGAGAGAGGAGUGCGAGAAGUACGUGUUGAAAGCGUUAACGCUCGCAAUGGCGGUGGAUUCCAGCUCAGGUGGGUGCGCUCGCUUGUGCACGGUGAACAAAGACGGGUGUUUUCGACGGUUCAUUAAAGGCGACGAGUUGGAAAGGCAGCUCGGAGAGAUUCACUUCAAAAGCGGCGGCGGCUUAGGCAAAGGCGUCGUCUACGGCGAGAAGAGCGGCGGGGUAGCCAUUUAA